UAGCGUAGCUACCUCGCUUCCUCAACAAAGUAGAUAGAUAUUCGGAAUCCGUUGAAUUCGCUUCCAGAUGGUCUGCCUGAGCAAGACAUCCUCUUAAUCACGUCAUCCAAGAGAGCCUUUGGACGUGAGCUUCGCGACUAUGAAUUUCUCGGAGGUCUUCAAGCAGACCAACCAGCUAUGCCGCGUCUCGCCCGAUGGCAAGUACUUGGCGACCUGCGUGCAGUACCGACUGGUCAUCAGAGACGUGAACACGCUACAGAUCCUGCAGCUGUACACCUGCCUGGACCAGGUGGUCCAAAUGGAGUGGUCGUCAGACUCCCUCUUCAUCCUCUGUGCCAUGUACAAGCGGGGACUGGUCCAGGUGUGGUCUCUGGAGCAGCCGGACUGGCACUGUAAGAUUGACGAGGGCUCGAUCGGUCUGCUGUGCUCGCGCUGGAGCCCCGACGGACGCCACAUCCUCAACACCACCGAGUUCAACUUACGGGUCACCGUCUGGUCCCUCUGCAACAAAUCAGUGUCAUACAUCAAGUACCCCAAAGCCUGCCAGAAAGGGAUGGACUUCAGCACAGACGGGCGCUACAUGGCUUUAGCAGAGCGGAGAGACUGCAAGGACUACAUCAGUGUGUUUGUCUGUGAUGACUGGCAUCUCCUGAGGCACUUUGAGACAGAGACACAGGACCUAGCGGGGGUGGAGUGGUCUCCUAAUGGCUGUGUGCUGGCCGUGUGGGAUGCAUGUCUGGAGUACAAGAUGCUGCUGUACUCCCUGGACGGGCGGCUCUUGUCCACCUACAGUGCCUAUGAGUGGUCUCUGGGCAUCAAAGCCAUCGCCUGGAGCCCCAGUAGCCAGUUCCUGGCCAUGGGCAGCUACGACGAGAAGGUCCGGAUCUUAAAUCACAUCACUUGGAAGAAGAUUGUAGAGUUUGAGCACCCAGCCACCAUCAACAACACUAAAGCGGUGGUGUAUCGUGAGGUGGAGAAGCGGCCAGUGGUUCCCUCAGAUGACCUGUCCCUUCAGCAGCUCAGCAUCAGCAGCACAGCCUUCAACGCCCAGAGCAAAUAUGAGAUCUGCCAGCUGCCGGUCCAGGUGCCCAGCGUGAAGCCCGACCCCGACCGUGCCAACCCCAAAGUGGGCAUCUCAUCUCUGGCCUUCUCUGCCGACAACCGCUACCUUGCCACCAAGAACGACAACAUGCCCAACUGUGUGUGGGUGUGGGACAUGCAGCGUGUGGGGCUGCAGGCGGUGCUGGAGCAGGCGUCGGCCGUGCGCUGCUUCCUGUGGGACCCACGGCGCCCCCGUCUGGCCCUCUGCACCGGCAACAACAAACUCUACCUGUGGUCACCUGCGGGGUGUGUGUCCGUCAGGGUACCUGUGGAAGGCUGUUUCCAGGUGUUGUCUCUGCUGUGGCACUGCAGUGGAGACUCUCUGAUCCUGAUUGGGAAGGACCAGCUGUGUCUGUGCUACAUGGAGACAGAACAGCAGCCCUGAGCUGAACCAACACAGCAGCAGCAGCAGCAGCAGCAGCCACUCCUCCCCGUCUCUCCACAGCAGCAGCCCCGUCUCUCCACGGACCAGACAUCUCCCCGUCUCUCCACAGCAGCAGCAGCCCCGUCUCUCCUCCCGUCUCUCCACGGACCAGACAUCUCCCCGUCUCUCCACAGCAGCAGCAGCCCCGUCUCUCCUCCCGUCUCUCCACGGACCAGACAUCUCCCCGUCUCUUCACAGCAGCAGCCACUCCUCCCCGUCUCUCCACAGCAGCAGCCCCGUCUCUCCUCCCGUCUCUCCACGGACCAGACAUCUCCCCGUCUCUCCACAGCAGCAGCCCCGUCUCUCCACGGACCAGACAUCUCCCCGUCUCUCCACAGCAGCAGCCCCGUCUCUCCUCCGUCUCUCCACAGCAGCAGCCCCGUCUCUCCUCCCGUCUCUCCACGGACCAGACAUCUCCCCGUCUCUCCACAGCAGCAGCCCCGUCUCUCCUCCGUCUCUCCACAGCAGCAGCCCCGUCUCUCCUCCCGUCUCUCCACGGACCAGACAUCUCCCCGUCUCUCCACAGCAGCAGCCCCGUCUCUCCUCCCGUCUCUCCACGGACCAGAUAUCUCCCCGUCUCUCCACAGAUCAUUCACUGGUGAUGAUGUUUCUUGUCACCUCCCUCACUGGUGAUGAUGCUGUUUCCUGUCCCUCCCUCACUGGUGGUGAUGCUGUUUCCUGUCCCUCCCUCACUGGUGGUGAUGCUGUUUCCUGUCCCUCCCUCACUGGUGGUGAUGCUGAUGUUUUGGACUGAAGUACCCCCCCCCCCCCCACCCCCAACACCAGCAUUGGUUCUGUGUUCCAGUGAGACCUGGCACUUCUGUGAUUCAAACAUUAGAAUCUUAUUGAACAUUCCAGAGUGAUCCCAAAUGAAGCUCCUUCUACAACAUUUCAGAUGAAGGCACUGAACAAAGGAUUUUCCAUGAUGUCUGUCCAAAUAUUUGAUCUAUUUAUUUUUAUGUGUUCACAUAAGACCUCACCUCUGGGAUCAAGUUUUAUAGUUUCAUAUGAUGAUCCCUUUGUAAAUAAGUGCAAAGAUUUUUUAGAAAAAAAAGUUAUUUUUGAAUAAAGUUUGUAGUAUAUUAUGAGGACUUAAUAAUCCAUAUUCUGCACACAGGUUGCAACAGUAUACACAAGAUUAUACAAGUAAAGGAUUUGACUGCCCACACUAUGUUUAACACAAUUUAGCAAUUUUAAUCCACUUACGUCACAGUUAUUCUACAAUAGAAGUCAUAAGUCAACAAUCGCAAAUAAAUUAUAGCACAAACAGAUCUUGGCCUGAACACGAUGGCUAAGUUCAUUUGUUAAAGCAAGUUGCAAUUGUACACAUAAAAUGUCAAAUCUAAAUGUUCACAA